AUGAAACAAGUGAAAUUAGAUAAAAUUGGGUCUUUUUUUGGAAGAACAAGCAUCAAUAAAUCAAGUGUUGGAGAAUCCUCCAAAAGACCAUGCUCCAAUGAUUUAAGUUUUGAAGCAUCCUCUAAAAGAACAUGUCCUUCUAAUCAAUCAUUCCCUUCGGUUUCUAAUGUAAAUCCACAACCUACAACUACUCCAAUUACAAAUGUUGAAUUGAAAGAUCUUCCAAAAGACCCGGGUGUAAGACCAAAGAUUACAACUUACCAUCCAAAUCAAAGAGAUGAAAUAAGGAGGGCAUAUUUGCUUCAAGGACCUUGUCAACCAAGGGGUCAUAUUUUCCCUUCAAAGAAAAUAGGUUCAAAAGAAAGACGUUUUGUUGUUAAGUGGUUUGAUGAUUUUGAUUGGUUAGAAUAUAGCAUAAAAGAGAACAAAGCAUUUUGUUUAUUUUGCUAUGUAUGUGGAGACAUGGUGGGAAAACAACAUGGGAGAGAUGCAUUUGUUUCACAAGGUUUUGAUAGUUGGAAUAAAAGACAAUCAUUGAGAGAUCAUAUGGGUGGUAUUGAUAGUUUUCAUCACAAAGCAAAAGAAAAUUGUGAAUUUUUAUUGAAAGAAAAACAAUCUAUUAGUGCAGCCUUCAACAAGCAAACCAAGAUUGAGGAGAGUAAUUAUAAACUUCGUUUAGGUGCUUCAAUUUGGUGUUGUAAAUUUUUAUUGAAAAAUGGUUUACCAUUUCGGGGUCAUGAUGAGUCGAGUGACUCUCUUAAUAGAGGGCUUUUCUUGGAGUUAUUAUCUUUCUUGAGAGACCAUAAUGAAGGCAUUCGCAAUGUUACAUUAGAAAAUGCUCCUCAAAAUAAUCAAGUGACGUGCCCGAGGACUCAAAAGCAAAUUGUUGAAUGCUUUUCAACAGAGAUAGUUUUAGAUAUUUACAAAGAAAUUGGUAAAGAUGUGUUUUCUUUAUUGGUUGAUGAAUCAAGUGAUGUAUCAAAAAAAAGAACAAAUGGCCAUAGUUUUGAGGAUACAUCAUCUUUGACUCUUAAAGCAGCCAUAGAUGACGUUUUUACCCGCAACAAUUUGAGUAUGUCUCAGGUAAGAGGACAAGGUUAUGAUGGGGCAAGCAAUAUGCGUGGUGCAUUUAAUGGUCUAAAAGCUUUGAUUUUACAAGAUAAUGAUUCAGCACAUUAUGUGCAUUGCUUUGCACACCAACUUCAGUUAGUUAUUGUGGGUGUAGCAAAGAAGCAUGAUGGUGUUGAUGAUUUCUUUGAGCAACUUUCUUUGGUGGUUAAUGUGGUAGGUGGUUCAUGUAAAAGACAAGACAUGCUACGGGAAAGUCAAAGAGAAAGGGUGCAAAUGUCAAUUGGAAAUGGUGAACUUGAAACUGGAAGAGGGUUAAACCAAGAGAGCUCUCUUAUUCGAGCAGGAGAUACACCGUCAUGGAUAUGCAAAUUAUAG